GGGCUGAUGGAGGGACGCCGAGCCGCCGGGACGGCAGGCGGCCACUGAGCCCCGCUCCCCUUUGUGGACCGUACUGAACCGGAAUCCGGUAUGAACCCCGCGGAAGCGGCCGAGGAGGCGCCCAGCGACCCCGACACGGAUGCCUUCUACAAAACAGGCUCCUUCAGGACCGAGGGCAUCAAGGCGUCCGACGUUCUUCCCGUGCUGAAGGAGAAGGUGGCCUUCGUGUCCGGUGGGCGGGACAAAAGAGGAGGACCCAUCCUGACGUUUCCUGCCAGAAGCAACCACGACCGAAUAAAGCAGGAGGACCUGAGGAGGCUGGUCACCUACCUGUCCACCGUUCCCAGCGAGGACGUGUGCAAGCGCGGCUUCACCGUCAUCAUCGACAUGCGCGGCUCCAAGUGGGAGCUGAUCAAGCCGCUGCUCAAGACGCUGCAGGAGUUCUUCCCCGCCGAGAUCUGCGUGGCGCUCAUCAUCAAGCCCGACAACUUCUGGCAGAAGCAGAAGACCAACUUCGGCAGCGCCAAGUUCUCCUUCGAGACCAGCAUGGUGUCGGUGGAGGGCCUGGCCAAGCUGGUGGACCCCUCCCAGCUGACGGAGGACUUCGAAGGCUCCCUGGACUACAACCACGAGGAGUGGAUGGACCUCAGGGUGUCCCUGGAGGAGUUCAUGGCCAACGCUGUCCACCUGCUGUCCCGGCUGGAGGACCUGCAGGAGCUGCUGUCCAAGAAGGACUUCCCUGCUGACGUGGACGGGUCCCGGCGGCUGAUCGAGGAUCACACUCAGCUGAAGAAGAAGGUGCUCAAGGCCCCGGUGGAGGAGCUGGACCAGGAGGGCCAGAGGCUGCUGCAGUGCAUCCGGUCCAGCGACGGCUUCUCCGGGAGGAACUGCAUCUCCGGGGCCGCAGACUUCCAGAGCCUGGUGCCAAAGGUGGCCAGCCUGCUGGAUAAGCUGCACUCCACCCGCCAGCACCUCCACCAGAUGUGGCACGUCCGGAAGCUGAAGCUGGACCAGUGCUUCCAGCUCCGCCUCUUCGAGCAGGAUGCCGAGAAGAUGUUCGACUGGAUCAGCCACAACAAGGAGGUGUUCCUGCAGAGCCACACGGAGAUCGGGCGGGGCUACCAGCACGCCGCCGAGCUGCAGACGCAGCACAACCACUUCGCCAUGAACUCCAUGAAUGCCUACGUGAACAUCAACAGGAUCAUGUCGGUGGCGAGCCGCCUGGCGGAGGCCGGACACUACGCCUCGGCGCAGAUCAAGCAGAUCUCGGGUCAGCUGGACCAGGACUGGAAGAGCUUCGCCGCCGCGCUGGACGAGCGCUCCACCAUCCUCGCCAUGUCCUCCGUGUUCCACCAGAAGGCCGAGCAGUUCCUGUCGGAGGUGGAGGCGUGGUGUAAGGUGUGCAGCGAGGGCGGCCUGCCCUCCGAGAUGCAGGAGCUGGAGAUCGCCAUCCACCGCCACCAGAGCCUGUACGAGCAGGUGACCCAGGCCUACACCGAGGUGAGUCAGGACGGGAAGGCCCUGCUGGACGUCCUGCAGAGACCUCUGAGUCCCGGGAACGCCGACUCCCUCACCGCCACCGCCAACUACUCCAAAGCGGUCCACUGCAUCCUGGACGUGGUGCAUGAGGUUCUCCACCAUCAGCGGCGUCUGGAGAACAUCUGGCAGCAUCGCAAGGUCCGGCUGCACCAGAGGCUGCAGCUGUGUGUGUUCCAGCAGGACGUCCAGCAGGUGAUGGACUGGAUCGAAAACCAUGGCGAGGCCUUCCUCAGCAAACACACCGGGGUGGGCAAGUCCCUGCACCGCGCCCGGGCGCUGCAGAAGAGACACGACGACUUCGAGGACGUCGCUCAGAACACCUACACCAACGCCGACAAGCUGCUGGAGGCGGCCGAGCAGCUGGCCCAGACCGGGGAGUGCGACCCCGAGGAGAUCUACAAGGCGGCGCGCCACCUGGAGGUCCGCAUCCAGGACUUCGUCCGGCGGGUGGAGCACCGCAAGCUGCUGCUGGACAUGUCCGUGUCCUUCCACACACACACCAAAGAGCUGUGGUCCUGGAUGGAGGAGCUGCAGAAGCAGCUGCUGGAUGACGUGUGCUGCGACUCGGUGGACUCGGUCCAGACGCUGAUCCAGCAGUUCCAGCAGCAGCAGACGGCCACGCUGGAGGCCACGCUCAACGUCAUCAAGGAGGGGGAGGAGCUAAUGCAGCAGCUCAGGGACGCCGCCAUGUCGACCAACAAGACGCCCCACUGCAGUUCCAUCGCUCACAUCCAGGGGGUGCUGCAGCAGCUGGACGAGGCGCAGGGCCAGAUGGAGGAGCUCUUCCACGAGCGCAAGAUCAAGCUGGACAUCUUCCUGCAGCUGCGGAUCUUCGAGCAGUACACCAUCGAGGUCACGGCGGAGCUGGACGCCUGGAACGACGACCUGUCCCGGCAGCUGAGCGACGCCGGGCGGCCGGGCGGCAGCGGCUCCGGCGGCGGCGGCGGCGGGGGAGGUGGGGGAGGGGGAGGAGCAGGCGGGGGAGGGGCAGGGAGUGGCGGCUCCUCCGGCGGCGCCGAGGACAUCGGUCUGGCCGAGCAGCGGCUGAAACGCCACGCCGAGAGGAAGGCCGCCAUGAACAACAUGACCUACGAAGUGAUGCAGCAGGGCCAAGACCUGCACCAGUACAUCAUGGAGGUGCAGGCGUCAGGCAUCGAGCUGACCGGGGAGAAGGACAUGGACCUGGCCUCCCAGGUCCAGGAGCUGCUGGAGUUCCUCCACGAGAAGCAGCAGGAGGUGGAGCUCAGCGCGCAGCACACACACACACGGCUGGAACAGAACCUGCAACUGCGCCACCUGCAGGCUGAGGUCAAACAGGUGCUGGGCUGGAUCCGGAACGGGGAGUCCAUGCUGAACGCCAGCAUGGUGAACGCCAGCUCCCUGUCGGAGGCCGAGCAGCUGCAGAGGGAGCACGAGCAGUUCCAGAUGGCCAUCGAGUCGCUGUUCCACGCCAACUCGCUGCAGAAGACCCACCAGAGCGCCCUGCAGGUCCAGCAGAAGGCCGAGAUGAUGCUGCAGGCCGGCCACUACGACCCCGAGGCCAUCCGCGGCUGCGCCGAGAAGGUGGCCGUCCACUGGCAGCAGCUCAUGCUGAAGAUGGAGGACCGGCUGAAGCUGGUCAACGCCUCCGUGGCCUUCUACAAGACGUCCGAGCAGGUGUGCAGCGUGCUGGAGAGCCUGGAGCAGGAGUACCGGCGGGACGAGGACUGGUGCGGCAGCCACGACAAGCUGGGGAGUUCCGGAGAGAGCGACCACCUGCUGCCUCUGAUCAGCAAACACCUGGAGCAGAAGGAAGCCUUCCUCAAGGCUUGCACUCUGGCCCGGAGGAACGCCGAAGUCUUCCUGAAGUACAUCCACCGGAACAACGUGAGCAUGCCGGGUGCCGCCAGCCACGCCAGGGGUCCUGAGCAGCAGGUCAAAGCCAUCCUGAACGAGCUGCUGCAGAGGGAGAACCGAGUCCUUCACUUCUGGACCUUAAAGAAACGGCGGCUGGACCAGUGCCAGCAGUACCUGGUCUUCGAACGCAGCGCCAAGCAGGCACUGGACUGGAUCCAGGAGACAGGUGAGGUGUACCUGGCCACACACACGUCGCCCGGAGACAGCAGCGAGGAAACUCAGGAGCUCCUCAGCAACCACCACCACUUCAGACUCACUGCCAAGCAAACCAAGGAGAAGGUGAAGCUGCUGAUCCAGCUGGCCGACAGCCUGGUGGAGAAAGGCCACGCCCACGUGACGGAGCUGAAGCGCUGGGUCAGCACGGUGGACCGCCGCUACCGGGACUUCUCCCUGCGCAUGUCCAAGUACCAGGAGAGCCUGGAGCGGAGUCUGGGAGUCAGCUCCGAGGACAACAAAGACCUGGAGCUGGACAUCAUCCCCGCCAGCCUGACCGACGACCCAGAGGUCAAACUACGAGACCCCAACCACGAGAUCAACGAGGAGAAGAGGAAGUCAGCCAGGAAGAAAGAGUUCAUCAUGGCAGAGCUGCUGCAGACGGAGAAAACCUACGUCAGAGAUCUGCAGGAGUGUCUGGAGACGUACCUGUGGGAGAUGACCAGCGGCGUGGAGGAGGUUCCUCCAGGCAUCGCCAACAAGGAGCUCACCAUCUUUGGCAACAUGCAGGAGAUCUACGACUUCCACAACAACAUUUUCCUGAAGGAGCUGGUGAACUACGAGCAGCUCCCGGAGGACGUGGGCCACUGCUUCGUCACCUGGGCCGAUAAGUUCCACAUAUACGUGGAUUACUGCAAGAACAAGCCAGACUCCAGCCAGCUGGUGCUGGAGCACGCCGGCAGCUUCUUCGACGACAUCCAGCAGAGGCGAGGCCUGGCCAACUCCAUCUCCUCCUACCUCAUCAAGCCGGUCCAGAGGAUCACCAAGUACCAGCUGCUGCUGAAGGAGCUGCUGUCCUGCUGCGAGGAGGGGAAAGGCGAGAUCAAGGACGGCCUGGAGGUGAUGCUGGGCGUCCCCAAGAGAGCCAACGACGCCAUGCACCUGGCCAUGCUGGAGGGCUUCGAGGAGAACCUGGAGGUCCAGGGCGAGCUGAUCCUGCAGGACAGCUUCCAGGUGUGGGACCCUCGCUCCCUCAUCAGGAAGGGCCGGGACCGACACCUCUUCCUGUUCGAGUUCUCUCUGGUCUUCAGCAAGGAGAUCAAGGACUCCGCCGGCAGGACCAAGUACCAGUUCAAGAACAAGCUGCUGACGUCGGAGUUGGGGGUGACGGAGCACAUCGAGGGCGACCCCUGUAAGUUCGCCCUGUGGGCUGGAAGGACGCCGUCCUCCGACAACAAGACGGUGCUGAAGGCCUCCAGCAUGGAGGCCAAGCAGGAGUGGAUCAAGAACAUCCGGGAGGUGAUCCAGGAGAGGAUGACCCACCUGAAGGGGGCGCUGAAGGAGCCCCUCCACCUGCCCAAGACCCCGGCGCUGAGCAGACCCCGGAACAACGCCCGGAGGGACGGAGGGGAGGACGGAGACAGCCAGGGAGACGGCAGCAGUCAGCCGGACACCAUCUCCAUCGCGUCCAGGACCUCCCAGAACACCAUGGACAGCGACAAGCUCUCUGGCGGCUGUGAGCUGACCGUGGUCCUGCAGGAUUUCGCCGCCGGAUGCAGCUCGGAGAUGUCCGUCAGCACAGGCCAGACGGUGGAGCUGCUGGAGCGGCCCGGCGAGCGUCCCGGCUGGUGCCUGGUGCGGACCACAGACCGCAGCCCGCCGCAGGAGGGCCUGGUGCCCAGCGCGGCGCUCUGCGUGUCGCACUCGCGCUCCAGCGUGGAGAUGGACGGCUUCUUCGGCUCGGGGAAAGCCUUUCAUAUGGGCGGCCCGGACGGGAAGACCACGUCGGUGGUGAACCUGCACCCGCAGCCGUCGCUGGGCUCCAUCCAGUCCAGCUCUCCGGGGCCCAAGCGGUCCGGGAACACCCUGAGGAAGUGGCUGACCAGCCCAGUGCGGCGGCUCAGCAACAGCAGCUCCAUCAAGAAGCUGCCCAACAGCAAACACAAGAAGACCGGUCCCGGAUCGGGCCGAGACGACGGCGACAAGAACCCGGACCUGGACCCGUCGGAGGGCGGCGUGCCGGAUGAGAGCGCCGAUGAGGUGGUCCACAGCAAGGACGGAACCCUGCUGGCCAAGAGCUCCGGGAUCCAGAGCGGCGGGGAGGAGGAGCCGGACGAGGAGGCCCCCACCCCUCUGCCUCCACCCAUGGAGAUCAUCAAGGACCCGUCUGCUCAGGACAGCAAGUCCUCGUCCUUGCUAACGUCUCUGCAGUCGUCCUCUGAGGUGCCCAGCGCCGCUGAGCUGGUUAGCGCCAUAGAAAAACUGGUUAAAACCAAGAUGACUCUGGAGCCAGGAGCGUACCCCGACUUCCCCACCGCCUCCCCGCCCGAGCAGACCACCCCGGUCCAGCCCCGGAACCCCGAGCUGGAGCAGAGAGCCAAGGCCAUGAGGGGCCGGAUGUUCGUCCUGAAGGAGCUGAUCCAGACGGAGAAGGACUACGUCAAAGAUCUGGGCAUCGUGGUGGAGGGGUUCAUAAAGCGCAUGGAGGAGAAGGGCGUCCCUGAAGACAUGAAGGGGAAGGACAAGAUGGUGUUUGGAAACAUCCACCAGAUCUACGACUGGCACCGAGACUUCUUCGUGGGUGAGCUGGGGAAAUGUCUGGACGACCACCAGCUGCUCCCGGAGCUCUUCAUCAAGCACGAGAGGCGGCUCCACAUGUACGUGAUCUACUGUCAGAAUAAGCCCAAGUCUGAGUUCAUCGUAGCAGAAUACGACGGCUACUUCGACGGGAUCCAGCAGGACAUCCAGUCCAGACUGACCAUCAGCGACUUCCUCAUCAAACCCAUCCAGAGAAUCACCAAGUACCAGCUGCUGCUGAAGGACUUCCUGAAGUACAGCUCCAAGGCGGGGAUGGACUGCGAGCAGAUCGAGAAAGCCGUGGAUCUGAUGUCUCAGGUGCCCAAACUGUGCAACGACAUGAUGAACCUGGGCCGGCUGCAGGGAUACGAGGGGAAGCUGACCAGUCAGGGCAAGCUGCUGCAGCAGGAGACCUUCUUCGUGACGGAGCAGGACGCCGGCGUCCUGUCGCGCUCCAAAGAGCGCCGCGUCUUCCUCUUCGAGCAGAUCGUCAUCUUCAGCGAGCUGCUGCGGAAAGGCUCGUCCACGCCGGGAUACCAGUUCAAGAAGAGCAUCAAGGUGUCCUACCUGGGCCUGGAGGAGAGCGCAGACAGCGAUCCCUGUAAGUUUGUGCUGGCGUGCCGCGGCUCGUCCGAGCGCUUCACGCUGCAGGCCGCCAACGUGGACAUCAAGCAGGUGUGGGUCCGACACAUCCAGGAGGUGCUGGACGCUCAGAGCAACUUCCUGUCAGCUCUGCAGUCUCCCAUCGAGUACCAGAAGGAGCGGGGCGGCGGCAGCUCCUCGCUCACCAGGAACCGCUCGUCGUCGGGGAACCGGCCCGCCGGCCCCUCCCACAGCCGGCCGUCCUCGGCCCUCGGGCUCGGCGACAAGGAGGCGGAGAGGGGGAGGAGCCAGAUGAAAGUGUCUACCUCCAACGGCGGCUCGUCGUGCUUCGAGUCCAGGGAUAACGGCGGCUGUAACGGCACCUCCUCCACCAUGGUGGUGUCUCAGGACUACUCGGCGCUGAAGGAGCACGAGGUGUGUGUGAGCCAGGGCGAGACGGUGCAGGUCCUGGCCACCAACCAGCAGAACAUGUACCUGGUGUACCGGCCGGCCAACAGCCAGUCGCCCGCCGCCGAGGGCUGGGUGCCGGGACACGUCCUGGCCCCGCCCACCAAGCCCCUAAAAGACUCCUCCUCCGCGUCCUCCUUCUCCGCGGCGGUGGCCGACGCUAACAACAUCAAGAAGUCGUUGUCCUGGAACACGCUGCGCGCCAGGAAGCGCGCCGAAGCCAAGGACAGCCUGUCGGCGGGGGUCAGAGGUCACGAGAACGGCCUCCUCCGUAAGCCCAAAGAAAGCGCCACGCCCCCUCCCCCUCCUCUCACCUCGCCCGCCCCCGGGCCGAAGGCCAAAGACGUCCACACAUCCGACGAGUCCGACUGCGACGACGACCUGGAUCCAAAGACGGGCAUGGAGCUUCUCAACCCAAACUUCAUCCAGGAAGUCGCUCCAGAGUUCCUGGUCCCUCUCUCGGACGUGGUCUGCGCCUUCGGGGAGACCGUCGUCCUCUGCUGUAAAGUCUGCGGACGACCCAAACCUUCGGUCACCCUGAAGGGUCCCGACCAGAACCCGGUGACCAGCAACAGCCGCUUCACCAUCGACAUCAGGGAUACAGGCGACAUCGUGUUGAAAAUCUGUAACCUGAUGCCUCAGGAUACGGGGAUCUACACCUGCAUGGCCGUGAACGACCAUGGCUCCGCCUCUUCCUCCGCCUCCAUCAAAGUUCAAGGUAUCCCAGCAGCACCUGGGAGGCCGGUGGCUCAGGAGGCCAGCGGCACGGCGGUGAUGGUGCACUGGCCGCCUCCGGCCUCAUCCGCUCACUGUGCAGUGAGCAGCUACACGCUAGAGUACAGGCAAGAAGACUCGCUGCUGUGGCAGCAGGUGGCCAGCAGCCGGGAGGAGUGCGUCCAGAUCGACGCUCUCAUCCCAGGGGGACACUAUCAGUUCAGGGUCCGAGCCUCCAACCGCUGGGGCGUGGGGCCGCCGUCCGAACCCUCCAACAUGGUCACACUGGCCAGCAGCAACUCUGGGCUUGAUGGAACCACCAUUCAGUGGAAAGAAAACUUUGACUCGAGCUUCACUGAGGUCUCUGAGAUUGGAAGGGGGCGCUUCUCAGUGGUGAGGAAAUGUGUCAACAAGUCCACAAAGAAAGAAUUUGCAGUGAAGUUUGUCAGUAAGAAGAUGCAGAAGAAGGAGCAGGUAGCUCAUGAAGCCGACAUCCUCCAACAUGUACAGAACCACCAGGUGGUGGCGCUGCUGGACGCGUACGAGUCUCCCACCUCCCUGAUGCUCGUCUUGGAACUGCUGGAGGACGGCCGACUGCUGGAUUACCUGGUGGCUCACGACGAGCUGAUGGAGGAGAAGGUGGCCUUCUUCCUCAGAGAGAUCCUGGAGGCUCUGCAGCACCUGCACACCUGCAGGGUGGUCCACCUGGACCUGAAGCCCGAGAACAUCAUGGUGGACCUCCACUCGCCCACCCCCUGCGUUAAGCUCAUCGACCUGGGGGACGCCGUGCAGCUGUCCACCCACCGCCGCUACGUCCACCUCCUGCUCGGCAACCCGGAGUUCGCCGCGCCCGAACUCAUCCGCGGGACGCCGGUGUCUGUGGCGACGGACGUGUGGAGCGUGGGGGUCCUGGCCUACGUCAUGCUCAGCGGCGUCUCCCCCUUCCUGGACGAGUCUCCCGAGGAGACGUGCGUCAACAUCUGCCGCCUGGACUUCUGCUUCCCGGACGAGUACUUCGGCGACGUGAGCCAGGCGGCGCGGGACUUCGUGUCGUCGGCGCUGCAGCAGGAUCCCCGGAAGAGGCCGAGCGCCACCGGCUGCCUGCAGCACCCGUGGGUGGGCCGCGGGGGCGCGCACGGCGGCGAGCACUCCAAGACGCCCCUGGACACCACGCGGCUGGCCACGUUCAUCGACCGGCGGAGGCAGCUGCACGACGUCCGGCCCAUCACCAACAUCAAGGGGCUGCUGAGCGGCAGCAUGGGCAACACACUGUGAGGGGGG